AUUUCGGAGCCAGGACAAAAGCUUCUUCUGGAAGAAAUCCGUUUGGGUUGUAUCAAGGUAAAAUUAUCUGCAUGGUGUUAUAUAUUCAAGUCAGAGAAGUCGUUAAGCAAAUAAGAUUUUCCGAGAAGUGGUUAUUCAUAUGACUUCUAAGAGGCUACCCGCUGACACUUGCGACAGGCCGCUCUACAAAAUAGUGGUUGUAGGUGAUGGAGGUGUUGGAAAGUCUGCACUAACAAUCCAGUACUUCCAGAGAAUGUUUCUUGAAGAACACGAUCCUACAAUCGAGGACUCAUACAUCCAGAACGCUGAGAUCGAUAACGAGUUGUGUAUGUUGUAUGUACUGGAUACUGCAGGACAGGAGGAGUUUAGUGCGAUGCGAGAGCAGUAUAUGCGCAUAGGUCAAGGAUUUAUCAUUGUAUACUCAGUGACAGAUCCUCAGAGUUUUGAAGAAGUCCAGAGAUUUCACAAAGAAAUUUCACGGUGUAAAGACUGUGGUUCUUAUCCUAUGAUAUUGGCAGCAAAUAAGAUUGAUUUGUCUCAACAACGCCAAGUUUCGGAAGAAGAGGGUAAACGUCUAGCCACUUACCUCCAAGUAAUUUUUUUUAUUUUAAACUGUAUCUUUAUUUCAAUCAUUUCUAAUUAUACACAACUACUCAACUGUAGUAUUAUUUCGUGUAAUAUUGCACUCGAUAUAGCUUUCUCCAUAGGAGCAACCAAGUAACUUAUCGUUUAGUCGGGAAACCAUUAUAGGUCAUCUAGUAAACGAUAGCUGCAUAUGUCAUUACUGCUUUAGCCAGUAUAUCUUGUAAUACAUCAUACCAAUUAAAGGAUAAGUUCUCUGGUUUUGGCAAAUCCACGUGUAUUUACGUAUUCAACUGCUUCCGUGGAGAAAGCUAUAUCGGGUGUCCAACUAAGCAACUGAGUCAAUGAGUUAGUGUACACCCUUUGUAGUUAGUAAAGGGCAUGACCAAAACAAUAGGGAGCUUUGUUGUAUCAUACUGACUGGCUGUUGCUCAAUUUUUGAUUGAUUGGUUUCGCCAUGUGUAUGCGAAAGCCCCCAAAUGCCCUGGUAUGGCCGAGAGUGGUGUGGGCCAGCCCUCCCUCUCGAAAUGCUCUCACAUGGUCACACGUAUAUAGCCUCUGCCAGGGAAGUCCUACUCAUUGCCUUCUCGUGGCGGGGGUGUUGUUUACUAAAAUGAGAGGACGAAAAGCGAAUGUCCAGCGCUUUAAACGGAUCCCAAACCAAAUUAAUGGUGCACAUGGGCUCCAGUAUCCUGCGUUAACGAAUAGUGCAUGAACCGAUCAUUGGUCACCGGCUACCAUGGGACUGCAUCUCCUUACGAUGCUCCACCGCCUUGUGGGUCAGACCUUUUGGUCAAAGGCUCGGGGUGUGGUCCCCUAAGGAAACCCUUUGCGUCGGUUUGGGCACCCGGGCGGUAUCACAGCACCCACACACACAAAUGUGGUGUGGCGCAUAUAUAUUUGGUGCCCUCUUGUACCAAUAUUUAUGUGUUGAAAUAAAUAAAUAAAAAUAAUGCGAAAGUUGAAAUCCUGUUCAGGUUAUUUGAGUAAGAUACAAAGGCAGCGACAAUUAACAAUAUGUCAAUUGUGCAGCUAAUCUGUUUGGCGUUAUUUGCUUCGGAAAUUUUUUUGCGACGACCGAAUAUAACACUUUUAGUAUUCAUCCAAGUUAUAUGUAAAUAAUUUUCACGAAAUCUACUAAUUUGUUAUAAGUGGGAGAUGUAUAAAAUUCACAGCGUGUACACUGGCUAGCAUAGAAUUAGUUCCUAAAGAGUCUACAAAUAACUAAAUAAAGACAUCUCAUUAAUACACAUUGCUCGUGACUUAGUCUAUUUAGUGUUAUUUAUUUAACUAAUUUUCGCAUCAUAUCAGAUUUCCGUGUUAAUAUUAGCUUGGUCAGUCGAUGAUUAAUGCAUUGAAUUAAUGCGUACAUUCGAAUGUGAAUUCAUGCAUUAUGCAUCAGGAAAUAUUUCCAAAUCUUUUUAGUAACUAUAAAUGGAAGAGAUAAAAUAAAAAUCUGUCACCAUCUAUAUCAAAUGACUACAAAUUGGAAUGUCAUUUUCCUAAUUCAUUCCAUCAAUGUAAGUACAAAUUGUAAGUUGUCAUACUAGUAAGUUGGUUGUAUGAUAAUUAUUUUAUUCCAUGCUUGUAGUAUUUUCUACAUAAAAUCGACACAAAGCUAGUAUUUUGCAGUUUUCCUACAAACGGCUUAUUCCAUAAUGGUAUCAAUGAUACAAAUAAAAGUAAAUAAUUUCAUUGUAAGCUUUAGUAAUUUCAUGAGAAAUGAACAAUCUUUAUCUCUCCCCCUAAUAUAUAUACAUUAGUCGGUUUUUACUGAUACAAUUUGAAGAUUUAAAAACCAUAUUUUUGCGUUAUGUACAAAGUAAAUUAAGGUUUGUAGUUUUUAUUUUCUAAAAUGCUUUCUUUUUCUCCCAAAAUUUCUAAUUAGGUUCCUUACAUUGAAACAAGUGCUAAAGAUCCUCCAGUUAAUGUAGACAAAAUGUUUCACGAUAUGGUACGAAUUAUCAGAAAACUGCCUCCACCACAAUUAAUCUCGAAAGGUGAUCGUAAAAAAGUUCGUUGUUUGUUAUUAUGAUAUGUUGGUUGAUGUGGAGGUUAAUUAAACUCUUCUCAUAUAAUUUAAAAAAGCGUAAUCAUCUUCAGUGCCUAGGUGCUUCUUCAAUAUUUGAUAUCAUUGAUCUGUAUACAUCCUGCAUACCCCCACCCUGCCUUCUCAUAUCCUGUUUUCUUCCUGACCGAUUCACAAUAUGCUUCUAGAUGUCUAAACAGAUAUGUAAAAUGAAAAUGUUAAUGAUGGUAUUCCAGUGAAUUUAGCUAAAAUAUCAUAUCAGUUAAACCUGUGAUUUGGUAAUUACUUUCUCCCACUCUUCAUUACCUUCAAUCUCCAGGUUUUUUUAAAGCAUCUAAUGCUAAUAUUUUUGUUAUAUGCUUUGGAACGAUUGCAUUAAUGUGGUGUUAAACAGUAACCAUAAUAAUAAUAAUAACAACCCGAAUUGCGCCGAUUCCAUUUAGUUAACCACUUAUUUUCCCCCAUCAUAUUAAACAUGCAUACACAAACACUGACAUUUUGUACAGGAUUUGCUUCGAUCUUUUAUUUCUCUGUAAAACAAGAUUUUUUCUAACUUAUCGGUUAUUAUACUUGUACCUUCCAGUUUCCACUAUUGUUUCAAGUCUUGCAUACGACCACACUAAAGAAAAGUGGCAUUUUCGAAUAAUGUUGAACUUUAAUGCUUCAGUGGUUCUUACGUGGUAUCUUGUUCCUUAGUAAUAUGUAUUUGGCUGUUCGUAUAGUUUUUAUACUUACCUGGUCAUUUUUUGUACUAAUUUAAUACUAAUGAUGUAAUAGUUCUGCGUUGUGACUGACUUAACGAUGUGAUACUAAAAUCAACAGUAGUAAUAAUAACGUUAAGAAUUGUAUGUUUUUUUUCUGUCAGAAUCAUUUAUCUAGGCUAAUACAACCACUUUUUGUAAAUUCUUUGUUUUCUCUACAAUUCCUGUUUGCAACAUACACAUCUAUGACUGACUAAGCUUUUGUUUUAUCCUUUGUAAAAUGGUCGUGUAUAUUUCCACUGAAAACGUCGAUCAGCUUGCUGUCAAACAUUUGCGGCUUGAUACUCAUCCCGUUCUCAGCGUCUUUACAUCGUAAAUAGCAGUUCUUCCUUCUUUUUUCUGUACCUUUCCGUCUUUAUAUUUAUGUAUCCCCUUUUGUCUUUCCUAUCUAUUAAUCCGUCUCGUAGGUGUUGUACAUUCUACCUAUUGAUUACGUUAAUAAUGUUUUUCUACAAUGUUAUUGUUACUGAUAUGG